AUGGGUUGCCAAGCCUCCAAGCCUCAGCCACCAUUUGAAAACUCCAUCCACCAUGCAGGUUUUCAAGAGUUUCAGAAACCCAAAAAUCCCACACAGGAAGUUGUGCUACAAAUCCCAGGAUGCAAAGUUCAUCUGGUGGACGAUGGAGAAGUCGUUGAACUGGCAAAAGGGCACUUCACAAUCAUGAGGGUCAUGGAGCAGAACGUGGCACUAGCAACAGUCAUAAAAGUUGGAAGCAGUGUUCAGUGGCCCUUGACAAAGGACGAGCCAGUGGUGAAGGUGGAUGGUCUUCACUAUCUCUUCUCUCUGCCUGUGAAAGAUGGUGGUGAGCCUCUGAGCUAUGGUUUGACCUUUCCAGAAGAGUGUUAUGGGAACAUGGGGAUGGUGGAUUCUUUUCUGAUGGAGCAUUGUUGUUUUUCUGGGUUGGAAAGGAUCAAAAAGAGUGACCUUGAUUGGGAGGACUUUGCCCCAAGGGUUGAGGAUUACAACCACUUUCUUGCCAGGGCCAUUGCAGGAGGAACUGGUCAGAUUGUUAAGGGUAUCUUCAAGUGCAGCAAUGCUUACACCAACCAGGUCCAAAAAGGAGGGGAAGCGAUCCUAAAUAGUGCUGCAGAAAGGAACAAUGGUAACAUGGUCAGAGAAAGUCUGAACAACAGGAAUGAUGCCACAGAGAACAGUGGAAUGAAAGAAAACCUCAAACGAGUGAGAAAGCUAACAAAUAUGACAGAAAAGUUAACCAAAUCUUUGCUUGAUGGUGUUGGAAUAAUGAGUGGAUCAGUGAUGACUCCAGUGCUUAAAUCCCAACCAGGACAGGCAUUCCUAAAGAUGCUCCCUGGAGAGGUGCUAUUGGCUUCCCUUGAUGCAGUCAAUAGAGUUUUUGAAGCAGCUGAAGCUGCUGAAAAACAAACCUUUUCUGCCACCUCCAAAGCUGCAACCAGAAUGGUUCAUAACAGGUUUGGGGAAGAAGCAGGGGAGGCUACUGAGCAUGUGUUUGCAAGUGCAGGACAUGCUGUUAACACUGCUUGGAAUGUCGCUAAGAUUCGCAAAGCCAUCAAUCCAGCCUCUUCUGUAAAUGCUGCUGGAGCACUCCGAAAUUCUGUCAAAAAAUAG